GCCCGCGCCCGCCCGCAGCCCCCGGACGGAGGACAGUGCCGGCCGCCCGGAUCGCAGAGGGACUUGAACUCCUUCCUGUGGACUAUCCGGCGUGACCCACCGGCCUACCUGUUUGGCACCAUCCAUGUCCCCUAUACCCGCGUCUGGGACUUCAUCCCAGACAAUUCCAAGGCGGCCUUCCAGGCCAGCGCCCGUGUGUACUUCGAGCUGGACCUGACGGACCCUUACACCAUCUCGGCACUGGCCAGCUGCCAGCUGCUGCCACACGGGGAGAACCUGCAGGACGUGCUGCCCCGUGAACUCUACUGGCGCCUGAAGCGCCACCUGGACUACGUGAAGCUGAUGAUGCCCUCGUGGAUGACGCCCGCGCAGCGGGGCAAGGGGCUGUAUGCAGACUACCUCUUCAAUGCCAUCGCGGGCAACUGGGAGCGCAAGAGGCCUGUCUGGGUGAUGCUUAUGGUGAACUCGCUCACAGAGACCGACGUGCGCUCCCGGGGCGUGCCUGUGCUGGACCUCUACCUGGCUCAGCAGGCCGAGAAGAUGAAGAAGAACACCGGGGCUGUGGAGCAGGUAGAGGAGCAGUGCCAUCCGCUCAACGGGCUCAACUUCUCUCAGGUGCUGUUCGCCCUGAACCAGACCCUGCUGCAGCAUGAGAGUGUACGGGCCGGGAGCCUGCAGGCGCCCUACACCACUGAGGACCUCAUCAAGCACUACAACUGCGGGGACCUCAAUGCUGUCAUCUUCAACCACGACACUUCGCAGCUGCCCAACUUUAUCAACACCACCCUGCCCCCACAUGAGCAGGUGACGGCCCAGGAGAUCGACAGCUACUUCCGCCAGGAGCUCAUCUACAAGAGGAACGAGCGCAUGGGGAGGCGAGUGAUGGCGUUGCUGCAGGAGAAUGAGGACAAGAUCUGCUUCUUUGCCUUCGGAGCAGGUCACUUUCUGGGGAACAACACCGUCAUCGACGUGCUGCGGCAGGCAGGGCUGGAGGUGGAGCACACGCCCGCAGGGCAGACCAUCCACAGCCCAGCUGCCCGGAGCCCAGCACCCCCUCCUGAAGGUACCUCGGCCAGCCCGGCCCCGGAGACUCCGGCCACCGCUGUCCCGCCAGUGCCCUCGGCGACACCCACUGCGCCCCCUGAGGAGGAAGACCCUGCCCUGUCCCCUCACCUCCUGCUCCCUGACAGCCUCAGCCAGCUGGAGGAGUUCGGGCGGCAGAAGAAGUGGCACAAGAGGCAGAACAAACACCAGCGGCCACGGCAGUUCAAUGACCUGUGGGUCCGCAUCGAGGACAGCACCACUGGCUCCCCACCGCCGCUGCCCCUCCAACCCACACCCAGCUCUGGGACCGCCAAGCCCCCCAGGCAGUUCUCCGACCAGCUCCAGCAGCCAGAAGAGACAAGGCCAGCCAGCAGCUCAGUGUCCGGCUGCUGCCACGCCUCCCUGGGCCUCCUCCCCGUCAUGGCUGCAGGCCUCUCAGCCUGCCUCCUGCUUCACACCCGCUGGCCCUCCUGACCUCUACCACAGGGGGAAAGAGAAGCCAGAGAAACCACAGGAGGGCCUGUGGCCACACCCACUGCCCCUCCCACCAGCUGCAGGGGUGCCCAACACCUCAUAGGCAGUCCAGAUGGGAUCCGUUAGCACACUAGAGCUUUAAUGUACCAAGUUACAUCUUCUUUUUUGUAGAAGGAUCUUAAUUUCCCAUAGUGCUAUGGGGCUCUUUUGUAAAAUAAGUGUCCAUAUUAAAAAAAAAAACAAAUGUAUUUAUUCUACCGAUAAAACUAUC